UCAAACUACAUUAACCGCUAAGCGCCAGGGCGAAAGCUCCCCUCGAUGCUUGCUGGGAUCCCGCUGGGGAAGGCCCUCCCGCCCACCGCAGGGAGCUGCGGGCUGGGACUACAUUACCCCGCGUGCUCGGUGCGCAGGGGCCGGAAGCCAGGAGCUGUUGGCGGUGAGGAGAAGCCGCGGCCCCGGCAGGACGGAUCACCGGCGGCGGCGGCGCACGUGUCUGCAGAGUUUGUCCUUGUUAACCUGGUACCAUGUCGGAGUCACUGGCUGCAAGGUUCAGAGUGUUCACUCUCAAUUGCUGGGGAAUCCGCUACGUCAGCAAGCACUGCAGGGAGCGCUAUGAAAUGAUUGUCCAGUUAUUGAGUCAGGAGAAGUAUGAUGUGGUCCUCCUGCAGGAGGUAUGGAGUGAGCAGGACUAUCACUUCUUGAGAAACAAGUUGACAAGUGCCCAGCCGUAUUCAGUGUACUUCAGGAGCGGGGCCAUAGGAAGCGGACUGUGUGUCUUCUCCAGAUACAGAAUAACCGACUCUUUCCUCUACCGCUACUCCUUGAAUGGCUAUCCUUACAAGUUGCACCAUGGCGACUGGUUUGGUGGGAAAUCUGUUGGCCUGGUCAUUCUGAAGGUCCAAGGCAUCAUCGUCCAUGUUUAUGUGACUCAUCUUCACGCAGAGUAUUGCAGGGAAAAGGAUGACUAUCUCCCCCACCGUUUGCUACAGGCUUGGGAGCUGGGGCAGUUCAUACGCCAUACAGGCAAAACAGCUGAUGUCACAAUUUUGGGUGGAGAUUUGAACAUGCAUCCCAGUGACCUGGGGAACCGCCUGUUACAGUGCUAUACAGGGAUGAUGGACUCAUUUGUAGAGACCGAAAAGUUUGAGGGCUCUGAAGGAGGAUGCACCCUGCAGUCUCAGAACUGCUUUGCCACAGUCGGUGAUUCUGCUUCGUUCCCCUUGGGCAUUCGCAUUGACUACAUCCUCUAUAAGGGAUCAAAGGGAUUCCCUGUGAAGUGUGAGCACCUGAUGACCACAAGUGGUACAGCUCCUGGGAAAAACAUUCCGUAUUCAGACCAUGAAGCUGUAUGCGCCACACUGAGUGUCCAGAAAGACAGGGAUGCUGUUACUGGGAUGAAACGUGAAGAAGAGACGAAUCCACAGCUGGUGGACAUACUAAAUGAAGCUCGGGCAGAAGUGAAGAUUGGCAUUCACGGGGCGGAGAAGGUGCGCUACUCUUCUGGCAGGAUGGCAAUCCUGGGAUUUGUCUUGCUGCUGCUUGAAGUCAUCAUGGCAAUCAUACCCCUUGUCGCCACCAUGGCAGAGAACUCAUUCCCUAAGGUCUCCUUCUAUAUUCUGGGGAUGGUGGCAUUUGCUGUGACAUUGCUUGCCGGAAUCCUGUACGUAUUUCAUACAAUUGAAGUGAAAAUGUUGCAAGGAACAGAGGACCAAAUGAGGAAUACCAUUCAAGCUCUGCAAGAGCAAUUAGGCGAGUAAUGCCCGGUGGGCAUGGUUCAGACCACACUGAAUUUUAGCCAGAGACUAAUCAGAUCUGACGUGCAUAAUCUGUAGUGAAUGCAGUUCUGAAUGAUGUUGCGUGAUAUCAGUCCUGCAUGUUAGCCAUGAGACUUCAUAUUGUCAAAUACACUCCAGGCAGCUGUACUGUACCAUGGAUGUCAGAGGUUGGUUAAAGUUGUGCGCUUCAUCAUAUUUGAAGUGUGAUGUUUACUGCGCACAUUUCCUUCUGUACUAGCCUCAUGAUCGCAUACUUACCUUUUACCUUCUCUAGUUUUACUUAACGUUGUCUGGCUAAUCUUGGAAACUCUUCAGUCUAGAUGUCAGCUUUGCCCGACUUGUGGCUGGCGGCUAGGAUCAGUCUGUAGCAGGAAGGUUUGGAGCUCCGGUGGGAAAAUCCCCCUUCCUCCAGACAACCCUCUGCUCCCUGAAACCAUGCUCUGAGAAAAUUCCCUCUGCAGAGCAGUGAGACGUGUCAUCAACCCUUUGAAAAUGAGUUCAGAUCCCACCAUGGCAUUUUGAGAAUUUAAAUGGUUGAGAUAUAACAAGAAAUGUGCUGAUGUGAGUAUAACCACAAAGUUGCUGGAUUGUUUGGAGUGCAUUCUGUAAGGAAAGAAACCCAAGACAGCUUUAUCCAGACAGGCCUGGAUGCGAGUCCAUUGGCUGAGUGAUAUGUUUGACUCUAUGGAUGGCUGAAGUUGUCUAGUAACCCACCCAGUUGUACGAAACAAUCACAAAGAAAUGGAGUACUUGCCAUCAUUUCGGGGAACUGGGGAUGGGAAAUAAAUGGUGCCUUUGCCAGAGAUGUCCACAUCCUGAGGAAAACGAUUAGCUUGUUCAAGUGUUACACGGCUAGAUGUGAGAAGUUGCAUUCUGACUGAAACAAUAAUAGCGAAACGUGACUUCCUGUGUUGAAAUAAAUAUCAUGAGGGGGGAGUCACAGCAUUUAUUGUAUCGUUGCCGAGGACAGAAGGAGCUAUAUACAAGGGGUUUCUAUGUGCAGUGCAAGGGGUCUUCUCUGGCAGUGUUCCAAUUGGAUGAAAAUUACUUUCCAGAGUAAAGUGAAGGAGGUUGAGUGCAUUUAAGGACCGAAAGCAGCUUGGAUAAAGAUCUGUUGAUCUUGCUUCCUCCAAUGGACCAUAUAUAAUUUGUCAAAAUCUUGGCCUAUCCACACUUCAUUUAAUCUCCAGUGGCCAGUAAAUAACUUCAAAUCUUCAAAAUGACUAAACCUGAAAUAUCUGAUCCAAAAUGUAACUGGUGGAAAUUGACAAGAUUUCACUGUAAUAUCACAGCCACGACCAUCAUAACUUUCAAGACAGUUUCAUUAGAAUUGGAUUUGUUGAGGGCUGGUCUUGGUCUCCAGUCAUCCUUAAUCAGGUGUUUUCACAUCCUUUUUUUAAAAUGUGAUCACUGGUUUAGAGUUGACUGAUUUUCUUUGGCACCUGUUCCAUAUGUCAUCUAAUGAGACAGGGAAGCAAAUCUGCUUCUUACUUGAGCCUUCGCAGAUCUGUAUUGUCCAAUUCUGAGCUUGUGCUUUUCAAUUAAACACACCAUUUAUUUUCAUUUAAUGUACAAUUUCCAGGCUCUUAAAGAUCUGAAAUAUCUAUGAUCCUGUCACAGAUAUUUUGGAUGUGGGAUGAUCAAAUCUUCACCUAUCUGAAAUAUUGCCAAAUGUGACUUUGCAUGUAGAAAUAGAUCAAUAGAAGUUGUUACACAGAAACAGGUUUUUCAACCUUUCUCAUUAGAUUAUCUGAGCACAGUUAAACAGGGCAAGAGGAUAGCUUUUUUGGAGUCAGUCCACUCACUUAAAUAAUUAAAGAAGGAAUUUGUUGAGGUGUUUAUGAUAAUAGUGAAGUUGGUAAGGUAGAUGGUGAGAACGUGGUUCCAUUGGUGCCUGAGUUCAGGACAAAAAGACAUUGUUAAAACUGGUGUGAGGCUUACUUAGAGUUAUGUCAGAAAGCAUGUCUGCAAUAGAAGCAUGGAAAUGAAACUUCUUUCUUUCUUUCCCCCACACACCCCCUACGUGAGCUGAAAAUUGCAAAACUGAAUUUGGUAAUUUUUUGUUCAGUAAAACUAUUAAGAAAUAGAAACAAGAUGGUUCAAUACAAUUAAGGUGCAAAUCAGGAUUACCUAUUUAAAUGGCCAGAUCAGUUUUCUAGAACUGAAUGACUAAUCCUGUCCUCACAACCUCUUUCAAGUGAUAAGAUGGCUUGACGUAAUGUUCCCGUUUCUAAAAAUGCUCAUUUUAUAACGUGUAGUGCAGUUUGUUUGAAAAAAAUUUCAGCAGCUUGGCAUCAGUAUCAGUAACUUAUCCAUUAAUUGGCCAAACCAAUGUGUGAGCCAUCGUAAAACCAGCUUUGUGUUUGACAUUCUUAUUAAAACUUUGAGUGCAUUGAAUUAAAGCAGAGUAUUCAUUCAACGCACUCAAAGUUUUAAUGGAAAUUAAGAAUAUGUACAAGGUUUAAAUGGAAUAGUUUAUUUGGACAUAUGAAUUUUGCAUAUUGCUCCUACCAUUGGGAAUCACCAACUGUUGUGUUUUCCAACUGGACAGCGGGGAAAUAAUCACAGUACAGGCUAGUUGAUAACCUCGCACUUUCCCAGUGGAACAGCACUAUUGUGGGAAAGAUUGAAAAGAAAAACUGAUGGAAGUUUCUGCUUAGUUGGGAUCUUGGUCUUAAAUGUUUGGUUCAUCAACAGAAAACAUUCAGUUUGAACCAUAGAGUGGACAUAUGGAUCACUAUUAUAAAAGUCCAUAAAAAAAAUUAUCCAGGUUUGGUUCUUGGUUGGACUGAGGAUUUGGAGGAGAUCCCUUUGCAACCUUGGGACAUUAGCAAGCACUUUACAACUGUUGAGAUGCUAUUUGAAGUGCAGCCACAGUUGUGAUGUGGGGAUGAGCUGAGACUUACUCCGAACUUCAUGUGACCAUUCUAAGAUCACAGUGAAAGUAUACUUGGUGACACUCAAAAUGUGUGAUUCAGUUUGAGUUAUUGCCCAGGCUUGGUCUUAAGAGCCAUUGUAUUGCAGCCAAGGAGGGGUGCAGGAACCUGAUAGAGGUGUACAAAAUAAUGAGAGGCAUAGAAAGAGUUUUCCUCAUAAUGGAGAUGGCCAAAACCAGAGAGCAUAGGUUUAAGGUAAGGAUUAUAGGCAAUCUGAGGGGGAAAAAAAAUUCACCCAGAGGGUGUUUGCUAUCUGGAACACACUGUUUGAGAAGGUAGUGGAGGCAGGUACUCUCUCAAUGUUUAACAAGUAUCUGAAUGAGCACUUGAAUCGCCAGGCAAUGAAAGCUUUAGGCGGGGUACUGGUGAAUGGGAUUAGUAUAGAUGUGUGCUUGAUGGUUGGUAUGGAAAUGGUGGGCCAAAGGGCCUGUUUCUGUGCUGUAGGAUUCUGACUCUAAUUGUGGUAACGCACUGGGUUAAUCAUUCUGGGCCAUAUUUUGACUUGGCUUUCUUUUUCUGGAUGUGGUCAGUGUGCAAUCUCUCUCCAUUUAGAUAAUAUGCUUUUUGUUUUACACAGUUUCACAAUUUCCCCCAUUAUAUUCCAUUGGCCUGAUCUUUGUUCAUUCACUGAAAGUACUUAUAUCCCUUUGUAGCCUCCCUGUGUCACUUACAUCAUUCACUUCCCUAUCUUUGUGAUGAGAAAGUUUAGGAACCAUAUAGUCAGUACCUUCAUCCAAGUCAUAGUUUAAAAAUUUGAGGCCUUCUGGUGCCAAACAGAUUGUUGCUGUUUGUUUCCUGUUAGCCAUCUAAUCUUAUAUCCACACCAAUAUGUUAGCUCCUACACCAUGAGUAUUCACUAUAAUAAUGUAGAAAGGGAAAAGGCACCAUCAAAGUACAACUAUUGAUGAACCUUAACAAAAAGGAGAAAAUUUGCAGAUGCUCAGACCACUGAUAGAUCAGGAAUAUUUUAAAUCGUGUACUAGUAUCUAUAAUUUCACAGCCAACGACAAUGAAAGAUACGUGAGAAAGAGAGACUGCAAAGAACUGCUUACUGAACAGAAAGCAACUUGUCUCUGGUCUACCAAGAGCCCUUUGGUUAUCUUGUAGAUUAUGACCUAACACUGGGUGCCACUCAUAGUACCUUGAUUAUCAAGUGCACGCCCCAUGAUACCAGGGUUACUUACUCUGGUGCAUGUUUCCUGUUGAUUUAAUCGAAUGAUUUACUGCUUUUAAAUGCCACACCUCUACAUUUGGGCUUUGGUUGCCUUAUACUGCCGUAUUUGCAGCACAAGUCUUUCCCACACCCAGCUGCAAGGGAGCAGAUGCCUAGCACUUCAUCCCUGGCCAGUAAUGCUAAGUGUGCUCUAUAUUAGUAUUAACAUGUUGUAUGAGAUCCCAUCCCUGAAUUCAUUCCAUCAACUUCAAUGGAAUAAACUACAAAGGCAGAAUAUAUCACACUGCUAUACGUUUAUAGCUUGUUCUGUACUGUUGACUGGGUAUGAUUUUCAGGGCAAACAUCUGGCUUGUGAUACCUUGCUGUGUGCGAGUCCUGGGUUGUAAGGUUUUGUACAUUACAACUGUCUUCACUUCAAAAGUGCUUCAUUGUUUGUAAAGAGCUUAGGACAGUCUGAGGUUGCAAAAGGUGCUGCCUAACUUUGAGAAUGCAGCUAUGAAAGUGAGAGAGCUCUAUGCAGACUUGACAAUGUUCGGCAAGUUUUGGCUUCUUUUUAUGCACUAUUCGCCUUUGCUCUGGAGCAGCCUUGAAGUGUUGGAAACCCACAUGCACUAUCUAGUUGAGGGCUCUCUUCUCUUAUGUUAUGCCAUAAGCAUUCGCCAUAUUGCAGUGUACAAUGCUUCAACAAAUGGUAAUCAAUUUUAAUUGUCACUUGUGUAUGUAUAGAACAAUUAUGUAAUUGUACUGAAUAAUACAUUGUGGGUCUAUAAUUUUACUUCGUUGAAGAUGAUAGACUUUACAUUGGAUUGUGUGACCAGUUCUACAUAAGACUACUUGAAUGGUGGGAGAAGUGUUAUUUGCAGUAUAUGUACUUUUUUUUAAUCUAAGGUGUGAAAUUAUGACUACGUAAAACAGUUGUUGAAAAUGUUAACAGGUAUUAUGGAUUGUGCUUCUCACAAAUCAGGAUCUGAAAAAAUGAUGUCCAAGAACUAAAACAUGAGCACUGAAGCAGAUUUCUGCAAUUAGUGUUUGCCCAACACAAAUCAUGCUAAGAAAACAGGAUUAAAAUCAUGCAAGAUUGUAAACUGGCCUGACUUCCUCUCGGCCCCAAACCAUCAGAUUGGCAUGGGCGUUAUCUGCCAUGUAUUCCUGUGACCCUUUCCUCCCGCACGUUUUUAUAUUGCUAGAGAAUCAUGUUAAUGUUCCAUAAUUGCUCCUUGGGGGAGAGGGUCAUGUUCUCUGCUCUUCAUGUUGAGGGCUGUUGAUGCAGGUGAAUUUGUAAUUUUUGUUUUGGCACAUAAAAUAGACCAAGUUCAGGUAAAGGACUACGUAUUGUAGAGUAAUACCUUAUUCUCCCUAUGACUGCAUGGAUUUCAUCCGGGUGCUCUAGUUUCCUCUCGCAUUUUAAAGACGCACAGGUUAGUAGGUUAAUUGGCCAAUGUAAAUUGCCCUUAAUGUGUAAGGAACUGGUUGAAUCUGGGAGAGUUGACGGGAAUGAGAAGAGAUAAAAUGGGAUUAGUGCAAAUUGGUGCCUGAUGGUUAGCAUGGCCUCAGUGGGCCGAAGAGCCUGUUUUCAUGCUGUCUCGCUCCAUGACCCUAAUACUCUCUAUAGUUUACCCCACUAAUGUACUUCAACCUUGAACAUUCCCAACUGCAGCUUAAAUACACAUCCAUUUUCCAACAAUGAAUAUCUCUGGACUGUUGGAACGAGAUUGAUACUAAACAAUCGGUCACAAUUUUAACAAUGGAUCCAUUUUAAUUGGGAACUGGUUGAGUCUGACCAAAACUUUCUUGUGUUGGGCAAUUACCCUCAACAAAGGAAACCUUCCUUCCAUCAGGUUAGGCAUUCAUUGAACUUUGCUGUGUGUUUUGUAGGAUUAAAAGGGAAGAACAAAGUCCUUAUUUUACACUGAAGAGUUGGCUGAUAACUUUCCUAAAGGGAACUCUCAUCUCUUUAAUUGCACUGUAUGCUGUAUUAUUAAACUCACAAGGAAACCUUGUUCAUGAUUAAAUACUCUUUUCAAUUUAGCUAUAAUCCAUAAAUUCCUGUAUGCUGCACUGUAACCUGAAAUUAAGAAACUGUUUCACUCGUGUUAUGUAAUCCUAGUUCUUAGAUGCUUAUUAAUCUCAGGAACACUAUUGUUUUAAAAAAUGAAUCAUUCCUUCACAUCUUUUUGAUUUGCAGUAAUAAAUUUGUUCUGCAGCCUGCAAGGACAUAAUAAAGCUUUAA